UCCCUUCCCAGACGUAGCGCGUAUCUGUGCUCAAAGGGGAGUCUGCAGAUAUCUUGCUUAGUAAUCUUUAAUUUAAAAUUUGGUUUGCUUUUCAUAUUUUUAUGAAGACUUUACCAAAAAGCCUCUUCUUUUGUGUCCCAAAUAAAGCAAAAGAAAUUUAUUCUGUCACCAAAGUCCCACAGCUUGAAAAGUGACUACAGGCUUCGGAGCCGUGAUGCUCAAAGCGUCCGUCAAGGAUUCGCCGCAUCAGUCAUCACGCUUUCGAGAAACGCAGAAUCUCAGUCCCGCCCCAGCCCUCCCGACUCAGAGCUUGGCUUCUUAUCGAGAUCUCCCGGGGACUGUGCAUGCCUUCCAGGGCACUAAACUGAGAUUCACCCACGCCCUUAUCCGGAGCAGCGCAUUAGUGUCUCGCGGGCCCCUGGGCAAACAUUGCAGCCGUCCUUUUGUGGAAGAAAUCGCCUCUGGAAAAGGGCGGGAAGCAGUUUGGGUACUAGAUGGGUAAUGCUUGGUCGUGAAGUCGAGAGUAUAAUGGGAGAGUGAACUCCUUUGAUAGUUUUCUACCUUUUGGUGAACCCUGCAAAUUUUCAUGCUUUUGUGUUUCACAGAAAGCAGCUGUAUUCUUUUACCUAGAAAACAGCCUGAUAAACUGGGAUCUGGAUUUCCUUUAGUGAGCACCCGCUAGGGCUUUACUUUUGCACUCAGCUCUGUGCAGACUGCGUGGAGUAUUCAAAUAGGGACAGCGGCUGGUGACUGUCACGCCACAGAUCCCGUCCAAUGGGGAACAGACACGAGGAACAGGAACUGCAAGGACUGCUAGGCCUGGUACAGCACGUGGCAGGCCUGGCGGGCUUCUUCGAGCUAAUCCAAGUCUGGACUCGGCCCAGCUCGGUAACCUCCUGGCCCAGCCUGCACCGCGGCAGCGGAGGCGACAGGCGCAGGGUGGUUGCGGUGCUGCGGCACUCUGGUCUGGAGGCAUCUCCAGCAGAUCCAAUGAAGCAGUACCCAGCACCCCGGGACCAGGAACUGCCUGACUGUGGUCAGAGCUAGAGGGCAGGCGUACUGUUGAGUGUGUGGGUGGAAUCCCCGCAGCUGUCAGGGGGGCCCUAAGCAGCAGGCACCUCCAGUACACACAGCAGAGUUCUCGGACUUUGAGGAGGAACCCACAGCAAGAGGAGGCUGUGGAAACCUGGGACGAUUCUGCCUUCAUACUUGGCACUGGCUCAGGAUUUUUUGAGUCCUGGUCCAACACUGUGAGCUGAUUCCUGCCCCCGGUGUUAGAUCGGUCCAUAGAAAGCGGGAGCGAUGGCCUUGUCACUGUUGGAGGAUUGGUGCAAGGGGAUGGACCUGGACCCCAGGAAGGCCCUGCUGAUCGUGGGGAUCCCUGUGGAGUGUAGUGAGGCUGAAAUUAAGGAGACCUUGAAGGCAGGCUUACAGCCCUUGUGCAACUACAGGGUGCUGGGCAGAAUGUUCAGAAGGGAAGACAAUGCUAAGGCAGUUUUCAUUGAAUUAGCUGACACCAUCAAUUAUGCUAUGAUGCCCAGUCAGAUACUAGGAAAGGGAGGUGCCUGGGAAGUGGUGGUGAAACCCCGUAGCCCGGAUGAUGAAUUUCUCCAUAGACUGAACUACUUCCUGAAAGACGAGGGCCGGAGAAUGGUCGAUGUGGUCAAGACCCUGGGGUACACCACCCCCACCGAGGGCAUAGAGCCAGACGGCUUGGCUCAAGUCAAGGCACCCGUUUGGCAGCCUGUGACAGAAAGCAUGUGGUACCGGAAACUGAAAGUGUUUUCAGGGAGCGCUAGCCCCAGCCCGGGCGAAGAGAACUUUGAAGCCUGGCUGGAGCAGGUCACUGAGAUGAUGCAGAUGUGGCAAGUGUCUGAGGCAGAGAAGAGGCGCCGUUUGGUGGAGAGCUUGCGCGGCUCUGCCCUGUCCGUCAUGCGGGUGCUCCAGGCCAAUGAUGACGCCAUGACUGUGGAGCAGUGCCUGGACGCCCUGAAGCAGAUCUUCGGGAAUAAAGAGGACUAUAGAACCUCACAGUUUAAGUUCCUCCAGACCCUUCAGAAGUCUGGGGAGAAAAUCUCGGGGUUUUUGCUGCGCUUAGAGCCCCUGCUGCAGAGAGCCGUGCGGCACAGCCCCUUGUCAGUGAGAAGCACAGACAUGAUUCGCCUGAAACACAUCCUGGCUCGGGCCUCCAUGACUGCUGCCCUCCGGGGCAAGCUAGAGCUCCUGGAUCAGCGAGGGUGCGCUCCCACCUUCCUGGAGUUAAUGAAGCUCAUUCGGGAUGAAGAGGAGUGGGAGACCACCAUGGCUGUGACCAAGGAGGGGCAGAAGCAAGUAGGAAGGGGCCGCAAGGCACCGGGCAGGCACGUAGUGGCUGAGGCCACUGUCCCAACACCUCAGGUCAUCCUACAGGCAGGGCCAUUUAGUGAGAAGAGCGCUCAGACCAUCCAGAAAGGGGCUGUCCCGACACUGAAGCGCAGGCGACUGUCCUGCUGCUACAGUACCGGGGAGGAAGGCCCCAGCCAGGGGGCGUGUCCUCGGGCCAAGAACCAACCUUCACCAAAGCAGAGUCCUCAGCUUGCAGCAGAAGAGUCGGGAAACGGGACAGGGGCUGGGGCUAUGAGCCAUCCCGAGCCCUAGGAAGCUUAGGCUCAACAGAUCCAGGCAUCCUCUCCCCUUGCAGGCAAUGGAAAAUUUUUAAUGAGGGAAAGGGGCAGUGCACAAAAAUAGCAAGGGGCUUGAGUGGGGAAGAGGGGCAGGGCAGCCAGGCCCAGGCCGAGCCCCGUCGGCCUCCACCAGCCGGAAAGGACUCCAUCCAAGCCAAAACCAGCUCAGGAAGGUACUGGCGACGCAAACAGAGGGCCGCCACAUCCAGCACACAGGCUGCCCAAGCCUCAGACAGAGACCCCAGUGCAGCAGAGGCUGAAGAGGGUGCGGCCAAGGGCUCUGGCCUCGGCCCCAUCUUCUGGCCACCCCCAAACACCCACCCCGUGGGCUCUCAGCUAAUGAUGCUGACAGGCCCCCAGGCCACGCGGGGCCUAGAGGAGCCUUCCCCGGGGCCAUCCCUGCCAGAAGGAGCCAGCACCGGUGAGGAAGAGCUGCGUGGCAGAGGGGCGAUGCCCCGGAGAGGGGUUCGUAGGGUCCAGCCCAUCUUCAGGAUCAUCUACACUGCUCCAGGGGGGCCCCAGGAAGGCAGCACCCUGGAGCCUCUGCGCCAGUGAGGGCAGGAGACCCAGCGGCCCCAGGGACCAAGCACCGGCCUACAGGCAGUCUCCUCCCCCUGCCCCCAGGAAGGGCCGUGGGGGCAAGGAGCACCAAGACUGUAAGGAGAAGAUGCGCAGACAAGAGCUGCAGCUCAGCUUGGCAGGCAGGGCUCCUGGGUACCUGGUGGGCCAGUACCCCACAACAGGCUUUGGUGUGAGUGGGUGUGCAGGGAAACUUGUUCCAAAGCAGGAGGAGGAGGAGGAGAGGAGGAAGGGGAGGAGGAGGGAGAGUAGGAGACAGAGGAGGAGCAGGAGGAAGACGAGGAGGAGACAGGCGGAGGUGAAGGUGGAGAAGGAGGAGGAGGUAGUGGUGGAGAAGCAGGAGGGUGGAGGAUUCGUUGGUGGGAGGGAGGGGUGUUUCGUUCUUGUGUUUGUGUAUGGCCACUGGAGACGUGCAGAGAACAGGCAAGGCGACCUGGGACUGACCUGGCCAACCACAGCUCACCAGCUGCCAAUGCCAAGGCCACCGCCAGACCCUGCCAACUCGGGCGGCCGUCCUCGGAGCACCCCUGAGAGCCCAGCCCCGGCCUUGGUGAGGGCCACCUGAAGACGUCUGCCCCCACACUGCCCUGGGAGAUGUCAGGGGCCAUGUCAAGGUGCCUGGGCCUCCGAGAGGGGCCCCUAGUCACCGUCCCCUGGGGCAGGCUGCUCCCUGUACUAGGAAGCCCAUAGGAAGCCUGUGUCUCUGUGGCCCCAUAGUGAUCUCCUCACCACCCCCACACCAGCCCCCGUUCCCGUGCAGAGCCCUGAGGUGCCCGUGGACCCAGGCCGGGUGUCCCUCCUACCCGGGCCGCCACCUCUGGGCCCGGCCACGUGCCCUGAGCUCAGGGCACCAAGGCUCUGCUCGCUCUGGCCCAGUGUCGUGAGCUCCACGUCCGCUGUGUCGGAGUAGAUUUAGGCCAACCGCUGCUUGUUCUUGUGGAGAUGUGUGUGUGUUCUUCUCUGAGCAGUACCCCCAGCCCAGCCCGGAGACCCCAGCCCGGUCCCAGGAGACGGCGGGAAGGACAGAUGGACGACGCCCACGUGGUGGCCUCGGGAAGGAAGAACUGGGCCGGGGAAGGUCGGGGGCUGCGGAGGGUCCUCGGGGACCGUGCUGUGAUCUGCCAUCGCUGCUCCUCGUGACCCCUUGUCCUGGGCUUGGGGGAGCGUUCCCCGCCGUGUUCUCCAGUGUCCUGUGGGGGCCAGAGGGCAGGGCCAGGCCCCAGCACGUGGGCCAGAGGUGGAGGGGUGCCCUGGGGGCAGCGGUCAUUGCUGGGGUCCACCGUCCUGGCCAGAGGCUGACCGUGGGGCCCUCAGGAAGGGAGACUACGCGGGGAGGGCCACAGCAUGGUGGGAGGCAGCUGAGACACCUGGUGAGGGACCCCGGGAGGAGGAGGGGGCUGAGAUCUGUGGGCUUUAGUGGCCGUUAGAAGUUCCUGUCUGUGUGGUCAUUCCCUCUCUUCAGUAGUUUCUGUCAAUGUUUCUCUUUAAUAAAUUUCGUUGAA